GGAGGAAAAUGGAAGUCAAGGGUGAGGCAAGAGCUAGAGGUGAAGGAGUGUGUAACAUUCCUUUUCAGAGGAGGAGUAGCAAGGAUCAGACCAAUGUGCAGCGUGAACUGAGAGACCUCCAGUCCAUGGUGAAAGACACUGGCUGUUCACACCAGAACAGGAGACCGCUUUUGUGAACAUGGUGGUAGCAAACAAUACCAUUAGACUACUAGAAAUACAGAACCACAUAAUUGCAGACAACACAAUAUUCAAUAACAUUCACCAGCUGGGCUUGUCUACAUUGGACCGUGUAUUACACCGCAACCGAAUCCGGAUGAAACAGGUCUACAGGGUGCCAUUUGAGCAACACUCAGAGAGGGUUAAAGAACAGCGCUAUGAAUAUGUGCAAAGAGUCUUGGAGCUGGAUUCCGGUACAGCACGUUUAUAUUUAUAUUGAUGAGGCUGGCUUCAACCUAGCCAAAAGAAGUGGACAGGGACGGAACAUUAUUGGCCACCGUGCCAUUGUGAAUGUCCCUGGACAGCGUGGAGGGAAUAUCACAGCCAUUAGCCAGCAAGGUGUCCUCUAUCACCAUGCCAACCUUGGUCCCUACAACACCGCCCUUCUCAUCACAUUCCUGGACACACUACACGGCAUCCACAUUCCAACCGAGCAGAGGGGUGGACCAGAGCAGCCCAGGUAUGUUGUCAUCUGUGACAACGUGAGUUUCCACCCGGCUGCUCUGGUCACCAACUGGUUCAUCGAACAGCCGCAUGGCGAUGGAAAGUGUAUGACCGCAAUCCCCUCGCACGCGUGCCUCUUCUCCAGGCAAUGGAGGAUGCAUGUGGUGAAGUUUGUGGGGGCUUUUGGCGGCUGGAUCCAUCACUCCAGAAGAUUCUUUCCCCGCUGUUUAGCCAGGGAGAACAUCGCUUGUGAUGUAGAUGAGGUGCUGUGGUCAGACCAAAAUAGGAGGCAGGUCUUUUCUCAUACAUUUUUCUUAGUUUUUGUGUUUAGAGUUUUGAAAGAAUGAGCCACUUUCAUUUUGUUUUAAACAGAAAACGCUUUAUCUUACUGAAUGUUUUUCCUGGUUUUCUCCUGUUAUGUAUGGAAAGUGUUACAUACAAAACACAAGUGUUGAAAAAUAUUACAUGUUGAAAAUAAAGACAAUGUUUUUG